UCAAAAGAAAAGGUUUGAACAAAACACGUCUCAAACAAGGUCUGGUACUAUCCACCCCCUUUCCAUUGGACCGACUGGCUGCCAAUUCAACACAUUUGGGCGUGUAUUCGCCGACGCUGCUCUUCGCUGGGUGAAGUAUGUUGUGAUUGCAGUCCAGCUCGAGCGUGCGCGGGUCUCUGUCAUAACAAAGGGCGCUCUUUCGCGCUCUGGGAAUACGAGCCUUUUUGGAAAAAAAUAACUAAUCUUGUCUCAACGCUUCUGUAACACUGGUCUCUGUCCUGCAAGAAUCAAAUUAUUGUCAACGAAACAAGAUAGCCAAAACGAAAGAAAAAGUCGGAACACUUCUGAGGUGCUAAUGGAGUCGUAAUGGAGAGAGACAGACUGAGCUCUGAGGAACAUGUAUGGGACAAUCAGAUUGUGGAUGUCUUCACUUGGGGUGGCGAUCCUAACCAGCUAGUGCCAGUCAUCUAUCCGUGUCAGCUGGCUGAAUCUCUACAGUCAAAUUUGUUGAAAGUUUAAGGAAGUUUGCUGAGGAUUGCAAAACUAAUUGUGAAAAAAUCUGAGGGGGGUUCAACCCCCUGACCCUCCCCCAACUGCACAACCCCUCCCCCUCCGUACUUAUCGGAUCGGACCUUCUGAAUUCUUCACAUCUGUUGUGAGGAACCAAAGAUCAACUGAGCCAUUUGGUGGUGUAAUCCAUCUGUACUGAUACAGAAAGUGGUGGUGUGCCUGCUGUUGGCCAUGCUGUUCUGGUGAGGUGUGGUGAACCCCUGCCAAAAUGAGGCUGGUGCCCGGGUCGCCUCGGCCCCUCCCCCUUCUGGCGGUGGGCCUGGCUCUAGCCCUCACAGCCCUCUUACCUCACCUGGCCAUGGGAGUCACACCCUUCCCCCAGGACCUGGAGCCAAUCAGCAUUGUGGGGAGAGAACACUCCUACCUGUACCCAAGCUUCCAUGGCCUCAUGUCGGACAACGAUACAGUACGACUGGGCCUGGACUUCCAGAGGAUGCUCCGGAUCAACCACAUGCUCUACAUCGCAGCCAGGGAUCAUGUGUUUGCUAUCAGUCUCAGCGCCUCCUCUGAGCAGAUCGUCCCACAACAGAAAUUGACUUGGAAGACAAAAGAUGUGGAUAAAUGCACAGUGAGGGGGAAGAACAGCGAUGAGUGCUACAACUACAUCAAAGUUCUGGUUCCACGCAACGAUGAGACGCUAUUUGCCUGUGGGACCAACGCUUUUAACCCCACCUGCCGCAACUACAAGAUGUCCACACUGGAACAGGACGGUGAGGAGGUGGUGGGUCAGGCCCGCUGUCCCUUUGAGUCUCGCCAAUCCAACGUCGGCCUCUUCGCUGGUGGUGAUUUCUACUCGGCCACCAUGACAGACUUCCUGGCGAGUGAUGCAGUAAUUUACCGUAGUCUGGGAGAGAGCAGCCCGGUGCUUCGUACCGUGAAGUACGACUCCAAAUGGCUACGAGAGCCUCAUUUCCUCCAUGCCAUUGAGUACGGGAACUACGUGUACUUCUUCUUCAGUGAGAUUGCUGUGGAGUACACCACACUUGGCAAGGUUGUGUUCUCCAGAGUGGCUCGUGUAUGUAAGAACGACAACGGAGGUUCUCCCAGGGUUCUAGAGCGUUACUGGACGUCGUUCCUCAAAGCGCGGCUCAACUGCUCGGUGCCGGGCGAUUCCUUCUUCUACUUUGACGUUCUGCAGUCGCUGACCAACGUGCUGCAGAUCAAUCACAGACCAGCCGUGCUGGGGGUCUUCACUACACAGGCCAACAGUAUCACAGGCUCAGCAGUAUGUGCAUUCUACAUGGAUGACAUUGAGAAGGCCUUCAAUGGGAAGUUCAAGGAGCAGAGAAACAGUGAGUCAACCUGGACGCCCGUGCCUGAGGAGCAGGUACCCAAACCCAGACCAGGCUGCUGUGCCGGCGACGGCUCUGCUGCUGCCUACAAGUCGUCCACGACCUUCCCCGACGACACCCUGACCUUCAUCAAGAACCACCCCCUGAUGGACGAGGCGGUUCCCUCCGUCAACCACCGGCCCUACUUCACACGCACAACCAGCAGGUUCAAGUUAACCCAGCUAGCAGUGGAUACGUCAGCUGGGCCCUAUAAGAACCACACGGUGCUGUUCCUGGGGAGCGAGGACGGCAGGGUACUAAAGAUCCUGGCCAGCACCCAUCUCAACGCCUCCUUCAGCACACAGCUACUGGAGGACAUCGAUGUCUACAACCCCACCAAAUGUAACAUCCGCGGAGAGGACAGACGGGUUCUGGGAUUGGAGCUGGACAGGGAACAUCACGCCCUGUUUGUGGCCUUCUCCAGCUGUGUGAUCCGAGUACCUCUGAGCCGCUGCAACGACUAUGGCUCCUGCAAGGAGAGCUGUCUGUCCUCGAGGGACCCUUACUGCGUGUGGCAGAGGACGGGGAGCUGUGCUACGGUGGUGCCCGGAUUCAGGGGCGGAUUUGAGCAGGAUGUGGAGAACGGCUACCCUCACUACCCAGAUAGCUGCCACGACGUCCUGGCGACCACACGCAAGCAAAACACUCUUGCUGAUUCAGCAUAUGGGAAGACCACACCCACAACAACUGCCAGCACAACCAAUCAGGUGGCCCCAUUCCCAAAGGUGGCAGGUGACUCUGAAAGAGGUACAGGUCCAGAUGGCGGUCCUCCAGUCCCAGUUGGGGACCAGGGGUCACCUGACUCGGAACCAAUCAGUGUGGAGAUGGAGGGUGUCCGACGGCCUCCCGAGAUGGAGAAGACCAACCACAGUGUCCACUACACCCUGCUGAUCGCCUGUGUGCUGGUGGCCUUUGUCCUUGGAGCCUUCCUCUCAGGCUUUCUGGUCUCCUGCUACUGCAACCACACCGGCAACAAGACCAAGAGGCUGGCCAAGGACCCAGAGGCCCCCAUCCCUCACGCUCUGUCCCUACGCAGCCUGGCCAAGCUCAAUGGCCUGCUGGACAGCCAGAACAAGGAGGAUAAAAUGGAGGUGUCCUCGCCCAAGCUCUACAACUCCUUCUUCCAGAACGGGAAGGAGCAUCGUCAAGGAGCACCCAGACGGAACGGUGGUCACCACCCAGGGAUGACCAUGGGAGACCUGGUUCACCCCCAUCACCUACACCACUCUUCGGAGCUCUCUGGUCUGCCCACCCCAGACUCCACCCCUGAACUGCCCAUCAAGAACAUGAAGGCUUUCAAGAACCAGUGGGAGAAGAACCAGAACUGCAACAAUGCCAAGGAGCCCAAGUCCCACAACAUGGGACAAGGUUCCAGGCCCAGCUCAGGCCUGCUCCACCAGCAGAUCUACCCCUACUCUCGCAGCUUCUCCAAUGGGCAAGCUCUGGCCAAUGGGCAUGCCUUGGUCGGUGGACCACAGCACCUGGAGGAGCGCAAGAUCCACAAUACUGAGCGCAUGUUGGUCCAGCAGCCUUACCCCUGCUACCCGCAGAAGGUGAUGGAGGUCACAUCGCUGGACGAGCUGCUCAAACACAUCCACGAGGCCAACUCCAGCAAGAACACCCAGGUCAUGACUUCUUCCGGCCUGUCAGCCAGCGGCGGGUGCCAUGGGAGUCAACUAGCUUUUGCCAACCGCAUCCAGCCGCACAUCCCAGAGACCGAGUCGGCGCCUUACUACAGCUCGUCCACCCUGCCCCGAGACAGCCUGACCCGCCGCAUGGACGUACCUCCGGACAUGCCCCCUCACCACCAGUCCACCCUGGAGCGGAGGCACUCUUCCCAGAGACACUCACUGAUUACCGCUGCCACUAAGAUUGCCAACGGAGGGGGUGGUGGAGGGAUGGUUCACCGACAGCAAAGCUUCAGCCAGCGUAAUGGCCACCAGCACCAACCACCCCCUAUGCUGGCUCGAAUGAACUCCACCGGCAGCGCCUGCGAGAUCCACUACCCGCUCAUCCCCAAUGGGUACCUGACACGCCAGCAGAGCUACAAUGGAGAGCAACAGGAGGAUACCGGAGGAUACCUCCACCGGGGGGCCAUAGUCCGCCGGACCACCUCCCUCAAACCCGAUGUCCCUCCCAAACCCCUCUUCAUCCCUGCCUCCUCUCCCGUCAACCAACAGGGAAACUUCAACUACUGAGGAGAAAGAGGAGAGGAGGAGAACAGGACAAGAGUGACUGUGCCUCGUCCUCUCCUCUCAAUGGGUGAAAAGUGGAAGACGUGCCCUUGAUUUUCUGGCAGCCAUUCUCGCUGUCGACAAACCUCAAACAAACUUGUGAUUUCCCCCUUUUUGUCCAAUUUAAUAUCUUUGUACCAUAUUGGUAUUGCUCAACUACUUGCUUAUAGAAGGUGAGGGACUAUGGUUGGUGAAACGUGACCCCCUUACAUUAUGCUGCCAAUGUCCUCAGUGUGGAUUUACCAUGCAACUUAGUUAUGGAAGGGUUUGCCAUCAAACAUCGGACAGCUUAAGAUUCAAUCUAGAGCUUCUUGCGAUGCCUAUGAAACUUGCUUUUGCUUACCUUUUUCUUAUGUAGUGUUGACAAACAGUCCUGAUCCCCCUAACGUGUUUCUAUAUAUGCAUGUGUGUGUAUAUAUAUGUGUGUUUAUAUCUACACCGUAUAUGUAUACAUAUACAUAUGCAGUAUAUGUAUCCCGUGAAAUGACAUCAACAAAACUCCUUUAAAGUUAGCUCUGUCUUUUUGCCUUACUUUGAAACUGAACCCAUUAUGUUGAAAUACAUUACUGGUUGGUGUUUGGCAUCUCAAAUAGAAGUUCUCGAAAUGAGGCAAGGCCCCGCCUGCCCCUGUUUCAGCAUGGUUAGUAUGUGGACUAGGAGAAUAAGUAAUCAUUUACCAUAUUAACAAGUUCAUGGUGAAUGUACUACUCACAUUCAAAAAAAGAGCCAAUAUGGUGGAUACUGACAAGCAAAGGAAACUACUCAAAGCAACUAUGCUAGGCGGUUCUCUUUUUUGGAAAAUGGAGACCCUACUAUCCUGCCAAGUCCUGAGAAACAGAUGAAAGGCAUUAAUACAGCUGGUCUAUGAAGUACGGUCUACUACAAUUCCUAAAGAAUGUUUUUAUCACAUUGGUGCUUAGUUGAUCCUCAUAAAUUCUAAUAUAAUGAUAAUGUAUCACACCCAAAGAGGACCAGACACUCAACCCCCAAAGAAUCAGGAUCAAGAUCAGACCAUCCACCCCCAAAAAACACAACAUGGUACAGACAGCAGUUAUUAUAAUUAUUAACUUUGGCUAUUGGUUGUAAAUAAAGGAAUAAUACUAGCCAAAUGUUAAUUGUAUGUGUAAAUGUGUGCCUUAUUUAAUAUAGUAUGUGGUAUGGGGUAGGGGUAAAUGCAAGGCGCCAAGAUGCUAUAUAAUAGGUGUUCGAUUUUUUUUUUGUUAUGGUCGUUCGGAAUGUGUCAUAUCUAUUGUAGAUUUGUAUUUCUAACUAGGGGUUUUUGAUAUCCCUGAACUGUGAGCCUGCCAGCCCUGGCAUAGCGACUACCACAGCUUGAGGCUGCAUCUUCUUUGUUUGCCUCCUUUUCAUGUGUUUUCACUGGGUUGGCUUUUUCCCUGAUUGCUAACUUUACCUUUUGAUUGUUUGUAGCAUAGCAGGCUACUCAAUAGAUUAAAAGGGGGGACAUCAGGUCCCUCAGAUGUUAAGAUUAUUCAGGCUCUCUGAUACUCCCUACAUAUCACUUGGUCUCAACCUCAACACCACAGGAACACCACAGGUAGUGAAAAAGAUCACAAGGCUGGGAUUUAGUGUUUUCUUGUCUGAUCAGAAGAUGUUAUAAUUGUUUUAGGUAGAAAUUGAAUGGACUCCCUGAUCUGAUGAGCGUAGACCGGAAGCGUCUGCCAGGCGUUCUCCUCAGGGAGAGAGAGGGAAAGCAGUCAGAUUGGCCUCAGAAAUACCACUCCCUCUGGAACUCUCUGCUGUUGCACUUUCUGGGCUACUUCAUCGGUUACUGGAUUCAUGGUCAAUUAUUUGAGAGAGAAAAAAACACUAUUACUGUAUCUGAAAAUACUAUUUAUGCCCUAGAUUCAUGAAGCUGGUCUGACCCCAAGUUUACCAUUCACGCUUGAAUUCACCUUGGGCUGACUGAUUGAUAGAUACAUGAGCAUAAACUGCAACAUUAGUUAUAGAUGGCUACAUUCUUGUGUUUUAGACAAACUAGUUGUGUGGAUGCAACACACGCAUAAGUAGAAUCCUCACAGACCAUAUGGAUCACUCUCAUUACACAUGAAACCAGUAUUUUAUUUUGAAUGUGACCAUAUCUCAUAACAGGAAAAGGGCAGCUACAGUACUUAUUGGUGAGUUGAAGUGAAGUUUAUUUGAGUUUGCAUUGAGAUUGUAUGGGAAAGGGAAUGGUCUAUUCGACUUUUAAUAGCUAUCAGUAUUGCACAGUGUGUAAAUACAUUAUCUUGGGGGGGGGGCUUGUUGAUUCAGAAUGUCUUCAUUCUCUUGGCAGAAGCUCUUGGGCUUUUAUGAAUUUGGUCUCACAGAAUACCAUUGUAUGUCUCUUAUAAUAGAAAUAAAAUAAAAUACAUUGCAAGUGUG